AUUACAUGGAUGGGUGAGUAAUCUAAAUGAAGGCAAAACAGUCAACUGACGAGGAGGAAGUGCUUUAUCACCUGUUUUACCAACAUAAAAAUAUAUACUUUCGUCACUUGUUACUUUCCUGCCUACAUACCAAGAACUUGUUUAGUAUAUGUGGCACUCUGCUUUUGAAUUGUAGUAAUUUAUCUCAAAAAUGGCAAGUAAACCCAUCCCACCGAAAAUUGCACCGAAACCGGGAAAGGUAAUUUGUAUGAGAGCUAUGUACGGAUACACUGCACAACAGGAAGAUGAGCUUACGUUCAACGAGGGAGACGUGCUGUACUUGGUGGAUCAGAGUGAUCCAUCAUGGUGGAAAGCUAGAUGCGGUCGAAAAUGCGGCCUUAUCCCGUCAAACUAUGUCGAAUUAAAAAUGGACACUUUAGAAAAUCCGGUGCAUGAUGCCGCACGCCGAGGUAACUUGGAUUUCUUAAAGGAGUGUUUGGAAAAUGGAGUUAGUCCAACGGGUUUAGAUGCCUCGGGAAACAGCCCAAUUCACUGGUCUGCGAGAGGUGGUCAUUUAGACUGUUUUCAAGAACUCCUUCGCUCUGCAUCGAAACAAUUUGGGAGCACAACUCAAUUCAUAAAUGUCCAGAAUAAGUUAGGGGACACGCCUUUACAUCUUGCUGCAAACAAAGAUCACGAGGACAUUGUUGGUAUUCUUCUGGAAAACGGUGCAAAUCCAACUAUUCAGAACAAACAAGGACAGUUUCCGGGUGAUUUAUGCCACGAUCCGGGGGUCAAAACCAAACUGAAUAAUUGGAACUAUGUACCUGGAGAAAAUGAAGAACCGGACGAAGAGUAUUUAGAAGAAUCGGAUGAUGAGGAGGAACUGGACAUUUCUCCGAGUUCAUGAUUGUAGUAUUAAUGUUCUCGACAUUCAUAAAAUACAUUUAUUUAUAUAAUUUACAUAUAUGAGGUGUGUGCUAGUAUUUAAAGAGUACGAAACACUAUAGUAUUUAAGAAUAUACACUUUCACAUUUUCCACAUUA